AACUCGCUCACGACGCCGGACUCUCUCAUGAACAGCUGGACCGGCUCAUUCACCUCAUUCACCGCAGCAGGAUGGAGCUCUUUACCCUCAAGAAUCGCAAAGAUGUGAGAGACACGUGGGAUGCAGCGUCAUUCAAGAUGACACCUUUUACAAAGGUGGAGGUUACUGUGCCCUUCCGUGGUGUUAAUCAAACAUUCCCGCUAUUUCAUCGUUCACUGUGGGACUGGGUCACCGAUUUACUUCAAGAUCCACAAGUAGGCCCCAACUUCGUCUUCGAUGCGCAAAGACUGUCAAAGUUCAACGGCGAGAAGUUCGUUCGGUUCAUUCAUGAACCAUGGACCGCUAAUGCGUUCUGGGAGUAUCAGUCCAAAAUCCCACCAGACGCAAAACCUCUUGCAUUCAUUUUGUAUGCCGACAAAGCAAAAUUGUCGUCAUUCGGUCGCGCGAAAGGACAGGUAAAGGAAGACAAGCAGCAUUCUGGAAAACCUGCUUUCGUCAACUUCAAGAACGCAGUGUGGCACGCCUCGUUUCUGAAGAUUCUCGAAUGUCUGGGACCGCUAUCAGAUUAUGAAGAACAGGCUGUAAUGGCAUUGAUUCGUGGUUUAAUGGGCAAAUUUCCUUGUCCCGUCUGUCUAGUGCCUCGCGACGAACUUUCAAACACUCUCAAGGUAUUUCCUCUCCGCACAUGCACAGGAACUAAGGCAUUGCUUGCUCGAGCGCGAGAAUCUUCUACAUUGGAGGCAAGAGAACAGAUCUUGAGUUCCCAGAGCCUCCGCGAUGUCGACAGUUCAUUCGGCAUUCUGGAGCACACCGACGUUCACAGGGCUCUAUCGCACGACAAGCUCCACUUCAACGACGAGGGAUUGUUCAGUGAUCACACGUGGCCCGAACUGCAGAAAUGGGUUGAACGUUUGGGUCGACAGGCCGCUGUCCAGAUUGACACCUUCUUUCAAUCAAUUCCGCGUUGGCGAAACCUGAAUCACUUCGAUCAGGUUGUUUCAGUAUCAUUUUCCGAUGGAACGAAAUAUGAAGACAUCUCUAAGCUUAUUGUAUUUGCGGCACAUAAUGCAUAUCUCAUGCUCCGCUGUAUCCGAAGCUACACGGAGUUCAAUAUGUAUGCUUCGUUAGAGGUUCAUACUGAAGAUACCAUCAAUAAUGGCCGGGAAGCGUUGUCAAAAUUCACUGGAUUGAUGGAUAAAUACAUCGAGGACACGGCAGAGAUGUCCGAGAAGUCCUGGAAUUUCCCCAAGAAACACCUUUCGGCCCAUCUCUUUGACGACAUGAGGCGAAAGGUGUUUCUCGAAACUACAGCACCAAGCCGAACGAAAAAAAUGCACGGCCCAUUGAAAGAUGCCUAUCAAGAUCGCACGAAUUUCAAGAACUUCGCUGAACAGAUCCUCCGAUACAAUCAUGACAGCUUGAUUGCGGAAUACAUCCGCAACAAGUUGGAUCACCUCGACACUCAGAAUAUCAGCGUAGACCGACCCGAAUCACCCGAUACUACACUCCAGGAGACCGACAACUCAGAUGACAUUGAUGUUGACUCGACGGAACCUACUGAUGCCCAACAUUUCACUCUCGGUUCAAAGCGGGCGGCAAUGUCAUUCACACUCAUCGAGGCAGGUAGUCCGGGUAAUCCAGUGUUUGAUAGAUUUCGAAUCAAGCUAAACGACUUUCUGAACCAUGCGUUUGCUGCCAACGGCAUACCGUUUCCAGGUGGACGAUGGAUUCAACUCGUUGCGAGCGACAUGAUCGUGGAACAUCAAUUCCUUAGAGUCAAUUUCGAGUCACUUGUCGACUGGCGAGUGUCCACGGACUACCUUCGAUGCACUCCGAUGUUCCAUGGCUCACCGCAAUACAAUUGCGUCAUCUUGCAGACCGACACUGGCAUCAUCUUUGGCAAACUAAUGUUGAUUUUCACAUGCACAGUAGGGGAUGUUCAAUAUCCUGUCACGCUUGUUCUCCCGUAUGAUCGACCGGUCGGCGUUCGUCCUCAAAAGGACAAAGACUUUCAGUUUUGGCGCGUUAAGACAAAGCCUAGGGCUUCCGCAGAGACAUCUGCAGCCAGUGAUUGGUCCAGGAUUCUUACUUCCUCCCUUAUCUCUGAAUCCAUAUACAUUUCGCUCAUCUUUAUCUCAUCCAUCGUUCCCUCAGUCAUCGCUUUUUAUGUGUCCGAGUCAUCAUCAACCCCACCAAUUGCUUCACUCCUGCUCACCUUCCCCGUUGUGAUCGCAGUUCCCCGUGGUCAUCCGCCGCAUGCUCAAAAUAUCCAAUUCGGACUCAGGUCUCGCCACAACAUUUAUUCCUCUGUUUCUCGCGCCACCUUUGAUCAUUGGCACAAUGUUCUGGAUGCUCGAAUGGUGACCGUCAACAGUGCUCCCCUCUCAGGCGAGGCUCGUAUAGCCCUAGGCAACACGAAGAAACACCUCGAAAAGUUAGAGCGUCUACUAGCUGAAUUUCAGGCUGCAACAGUCAACGGUGCUCCCCUCUCAGGCGAGGCUCGUCGUGUCAUCGAAGAAGAGGCACGUGUAGCCCAUGCUGAUAGACAGAGAGACGAGGCAGAAGCACGCAGGCGCGUUGUUCUCGAAUCUUACGACGAACUCAGCAAAUAUCUCGCCGCAAUCGAAUUCCUUAGAGAUCCAGGUGGCCAUCUCGUCUUGACACCCAUCCCAAAUCAAAUCCAGCACUAUCACAGCCCCUACUCUGCGAAUCCUAGUAUCACUGUAGAACCCCCACGUUUAUACAAUCAAUCUCACCAUCACUACACUUCAUCCCUCAGUUCUGGUGCUCUCCCUCCAGCCCUCCCCGCUCUCCCCCCUCCACUCGUGGUGUCCGUCCUCGCUCAGGCAGCUUCAAUGACACAUCUUAUCUCAUUGCACCCCUCCAGCCACCUUCCAAACAACCUCGCAAUGACCGUGGUGAAUAUGACCACAGGCCUCCACUCUCCCCGAUCUAGUGUCCGUGCUACUUCACAGGACAUCGAGGACCUCCUCCUUGACGCUGCCACUGAUGAAAGGAGCGCUCUCAAUGCCCGUGACCAACAGCCACAGUCUCCCCGUGCCGUGUUGGCUGCCCACUAG